GAACUUUUCGGUUUCGUCAGCGUCCACUUUCUUCGUUUCUUUCCCUCUGAUCUGUUCUUCCCUUUUCCCCAUUUCACAGUUUCAUUCCAUUUGUUCUUUCCUCCUUUUUCUCUCUCUUUCUCUCUCUCACACCUUUUUCUUCUUCGCCAUAACCCGGUCUAGCGUUCUCUGUCGGACCGGUCUAAACCCGGUCAAGCUCUUCGUAGAUCCUCCACCAACAACCACAAUUCAGUCAUGAAUCCUGAAUAUGACUAUUUGUUCAAGCUUUUGCUGAUUGGAGAUUCUGGUGUUGGCAAAUCAUGUCUUCUUCUGAGAUUUGCUGAUGAUUCAUAUCUGGACAGUUACAUUAGCACAAUUGGAGUUGACUUUAAAAUACGCACUGUGGAGCAAGAUGGAAAGACCAUAAAACUUCAGAUCUGGGAUACUGCAGGACAAGAGCGUUUCAGGACAAUCACUAGUAGCUAUUACCGUGGAGCACAUGGCAUUAUUAUAGUUUAUGAUGUGACAGACCAAGAGAGCUUUAACAAUGUUAAGCAAUGGUUGAGUGAAAUUGACCGAUAUGCUAGUGAGAAUGUAAACAAGCUUCUGGUUGGAAACAAGUCUGACCUCACUGCUAACAAAGUUGUGUCUUAUGAAACGGCAAAGGCGUUCGCCGAUGAAAUUGGCAUUCCAUUUAUGGAGACGAGUGCCAAAAGUGCUACUAAUGUGGAGCAGGCUUUUAUGGCCAUGGCUGCUGACAUCAAGACUCGUAUGGCAAGUCAACCAAUGAACAAUGUAAGGCCACCAACAGUGCAGAUACGAGGACAACCGGUUAAUCAGAAAUCUGGCUGCUGCUCUUCUUAGUUGGUUCUCUCAGAAAUUCCAUUGCAUGUAUGCAUAUAAGAGCAGCCCUUCUCUCUGAAUCAGAGUGGACCGUUCAAACCUCCUAAAACCUAUAUAUGAUGAUAUGCCCAUCAGUUUGCUUUGUAAGAUGUUCUGCCAUUCCAUUCUUUUCAGUUUGUUUUUAAACGGUCUGUACAAAAUGAUCUGAUGCUCAGCCACAAUAUCUGUUAAAUUUUUUUUCACUGUUCCUUGUCUGGAAACUGCAAAUCACACUUAUCAAAGUUUAGGUAUUGCUGCUUUGACUUCA